UUUGAUAUCUAUCUUCCACCUCAUCUUUUCCUUCUUCUUUCGUUGUCUAUUUGUUCCUAUUUACAGAUACUAAUUUCCGCCACAGGCUCAAAUGCUCGCCCAAACAGACAAGUCGUGGAUCUAUGUAGCCAACAUGCCACCGUUUCGCGUUACAAAGCUCUCGCGAGACACCAAGAGGCUGUUUAGAGAAUACAAAAUACACAAAAAAGUUGACACGAUAUUCAAGGCAAUGUCCAAGGAGUUGACCAUAUGCGGUCUCGACAUUGAUCUUCCCUUUGUUCCUGAAUGCUCAGGGUUCUAUCCCAAUAUCUCGUCGUCGCCGUGCUCUGAAACCCUCAAGCACCUCAAAGGUUUUCCAGCCGACGCAAGCGGAUAUUUCAUGGAGUACAUCCGUCCCUUGAAUGAGCAUCAUACCAAAUAUCUCAUCAAACGUUAUUUGACCCGUAGCGCGCAGUGCCAGGCUCUCAGCACCGGUCAAUCCAAACACUUUCUCGCAAAGGUCUACCUCGGAGACACUAAGCCGCUGUCUGAUGCUUGGAAUACUAAUAUGCACGAUCGCCCAGCCUAUCUGGAUCACUUGCUCGCAGAGCGCGUCGAAGUUUCUUAUCUCGCCGCCUCCAUGGGUGCAACUCUCGCAAUACUUCAUUGGAGUUGCGGUGUUGACGCUCGAGGCGUGGAGUUUGUCCUUGGGAGAGAUGCCCGAGGCCACGUGCAGUUCUGGCUGAUUGAUUUUGC